UGUUUUUCUAGAAAGCCUGCGAAUACGUCCUCUCUCUCUACGGUGGUGGUUCACUACGGUCUACGCAAUAUUGGCUCUUUGUUGAAUAUACCGAAUUUCAUAUCACAUACACGCGCACACAAUUCACCCACUCUCUCUCUCUCUCUCUCUCUCUCUCUCUCUCUCUCUCUCUCUCUCUCUCAAUAUCUCAGAUCUGCCGCUACCCUCUCCAGCAAAGACCGACGGUAGUUCCGGCGGCGGCCACCAUGACUCCUCCUCCAAAUUCGUAUCACCAUCGAUGGUAGUUGCCCUCUCUCGCUCUGUCAAUUUCUUUUGAAACUAGAACACCCAUAUAAAGACUUGUCCCCAAAGUGUCUCGAUUUGCCAUAUCUUUAUCGAAUCACUGUCCCACUCUGUGCUUCUGGUUUAUCAAAGCGUUUCGGUAGGGUAUUUGGUGCUGGGCAAUGGCUAUGGUUAAGAAUGAAAGAGACUGCUCUGGCGCCAUCGACCACUUCAGGAUUUUAUUAAUUUUCAGUCUGGGGUGCAUUACAAUGUUGUGUUGGAGAAGAUUGAGGUUGGAAGUGAUGUUACAAAACUUCCUGCCAAGUGGUGGUGGUGGUGGUGGUGUUAUUGAUACAAUAUCCGGCAGCAGUACGUUCAUACCAAAAUAUGGCAUUUUUUGGCAGUGGUAUAACAUUGGCUUAUUUACCACCAGGGUUGCAGGAACCAAUAGUGAAGAAGGGGUUGAUGUUAACUAUGAAGAAAUAAUUGAAGCCACUUCAAUUGGCUUUAGUUCAAUGAUUUCCAAAUUUGUUCGAAUGUUGGAUUUGGAGAAGGGAAUGAUGGACUACCUAUAUGCAAAGUGCACUCCUUGUAUCACAGAUUGUAAUGGCAGAGCUUGAGAAGUUGGGUCAGAAAUAUCGUGUGGCUCUGGGGAACACCAAAGAUCCCCAUUUAGAGACUACUGUGUACUCAUAAAGGGACCUAUGCUGAUGACGGUCUUGUUGAUAGAGCUACCCAGGUACCUGAGAUCAGGAGAAUGCCAAUUGAGGAACUUUGCCUUCAGUUCAGAGAAUGACUUGCAUGCAGCCAUGAUGGAAUUGAUAUAGAUCAUAACUUAGUUGAUAGGAAUUUGUAGCUUGAACUUCUAGAAACAGUUUUGGGGUUUGUUUAUGUAUUGCCGGAUAUUGGAACCUUAGAGAUUGUUUAAUGAAAAAGCUAUAUUGACAGUGUGAUGACUGUGAUGUAUUCUCUUCUCUUAUUUAGUGUAUUCGGUUUGAUUUUUUGAUUUUU